AUCUCUUGAACCCAAAAACAAACCCCUACUAUUAUCUAAAUAAAACAGCCCCUUUUUGCACUUUGAUUGUUGCAGAAAUGCUUGUACAAAAACUAUUGUUUUGUCGCUUUCCAAAGGAUAGUUCAAUGGUUGAUCUUGCUAGUGCAAAAGCAAGAUCAACAAGGCGCUUCAUUGUAUCCUACGGGCAUUUCGGGUUACUCAUUUUGCAUACUAGAUCUGGUGAGGGCGAAAUUAGCCUAAAGGAAAGUGGCAUUUGCAACACGCCUUGAAGCCAUUUACAGAUUUUCUACCAUAUUUCUUCAACAACAUUGAACUUGUUCUUGCUUCAAUCGGAGACGGGAUGAAGAUUUGCAGGCGCAUUUUCUGAUACUCUUCUCAAUUGCUCAUUUGUGUUAAUUGGAGUUUGGUAUCUCUACUUUACAUCAAUAUUAGGUGUGCGAUUAUCGUAACGUUGUUAGAUUCAACAAGUUGUCAUCAGUUGAAUACUUCUGUUUCAUUAACAUUUUGUACUGUGAUCCAUAUAUUAUGUCUUUCUAUUUCACUUGUUCUGUUCAGUUGGACCUAAUUAUUAGGAUGUGUGGUUUUAAUUUAAUCAGGAUUUCCUUUGUUGUGAAAAAUAAAUGUGGGCCUCUUCA